AUGAAGCUCUUGUCCGUUUGGGCUGUGUCGGCGCUGGCGGCUCAGGCUGCUGGCGCUGCUAUUAGCCAUAAGCUGAAUGGGUUUAGCAUUAGGGAGCACCCGGAUCCUGAGAAACGGGCUUUGCUCCAGAAAUAUGUUACUUGGGAUGACAAGUCGCUCUUCAUCAAUGGCGAGCGACUCAUGCUCUUCAGUGGAGAAAUCCACCCCUACCGUCUCCCCGUUGCAUCGCUAUACAUUGAUAUUUUCCAAAAGGUCAAGGCCCUCGGUUUCAAUUGUGUAUCCUUCUACAUCGAUUGGGCUCUUCUGGAGGGCAAGCCUGGUCACUACCGAGCUGACGGUAUUUUUGACCUCGAUAAAUUCUUCGAUGCUGCUUCCGAGGCUGGGAUUUAUCUGCUCGCUCGCCCUGGUCCUUAUAUCAAUGCUGAGGUUUCAGGAGGUGGUUUCCCGGGUUGGCUACAGCGAGUCAAUGGGACUCUGCGAACAAGCUCUCCUGCCUAUCUGGAAGCAACUGAUAACUAUAUGUCCAAUGCCGCUGCUACUGUUGCCAAGGCUCAGAUUACCAAUGGCGGUCCGAUCAUUCUUUACCAACCCGAGAAUGAGUACUCGGGGGCCUGCUGUGGUGACACUGAUUUCCCCGAUGGGGAAUACAUGCAAUAUGUUGAAAAUCAAGCUCGCAAUGCUGGUAUCGUCGUCCCGCUGAUGAGCAACGAUGCCUCGCCUCAGGGACUCGAUGCUCCUGGAAGUGGAGCAGGAGCCGUUGAUAUCUAUGGUCAUGAUAGCUACCCCCUUGGAUUCGACUGUGCCAACCCAUACACCUGGCCUAGUGGUAGUCUGCCAACCAACUUUUGGACCUUGCAUGAGGAGCAAAGCCCGAGCACCCCGUACUCCCUUGUCGAGUUUCAAGGUGGCGCCUUCGACCCCUGGGGAGGUAGUGGUUUCCUUGCCUGCUCUGAGCUUCUGAACUAUCAAUUUGAGCGGGUCUUCUACAAGAACAACUUCAGCUUCCGUGCUGCUUUCAUGAAUCUUUACAUGAUUUUCGGAGGAACUAACUGGGGAAAUCUGGGCCACCCCGGGGGCUACACAUCCUAUGACUAUGGCUCUGCCAUUACCGAGACUCGCAACAUCACUCGCCAAAAGUACAGCGAGCUUAAGCUCAUCGGAAAUUUCCAGAAGGUGUCUCCUGCUUAUCUGACGACGACUCCUGGUAACUUGAGUACCACCAAGUACACAACAAGCUCAGAUAUUGCUGUUACUCCUCUGCUUGGAAACAGUAGCUCGGACACUUCGUUCUAUGUCGUUCGACACAACGAUUAUACUAGCGAAUCGUCCACUGACUACAAGCUGAAGGUUAGCACUAGUGCUGGCCAAGUUACUAUUCCCCAGCUUGGUGGUAGCCUCACCUUGGGCAACCGUGACUCGAAGAUCCACGUUGUGGACUACGAUGUGGCGGGUACUAACAUCCUCUACUCGUCCGGUGAAGUGUUCACCUGGAAGUCCUUCAACGACGAGAAGGUACUUGUUCUCUACGGUGACGUCGGUGAGCACCAUGAAUUUGCAGUCUCUGGUGCAUCCAAGGCUACUGUUGUAGAGGGAUCAUCAUCUGGUAUCACUUCCAAGAAAGUGGGCAAGGCAAUUGUUGUUGGCUGGGAUGUUUCUGCUACUCGUCGUAUCGUCCAGAUUGGUGAUCUCAAGGUCUUGUUGCUUGAUCGCUCCGAUGCCUACAACUACUGGGUUCCACAGGCUCCCUCUUCGGGUACAAACCCCGGAUACAGCACCGAGGCGACUGUUGCAUCAUCUAUCAUUGUCAAUGCUGGUUAUCUCGUGCGAACAGCUUACCUGUCAGGAAGUGAGCUCCAUCUCACUGCUGACUUCAACGCAACUACAUCGAUCGAGGUGUUCGGAGCACCAUCGAAAGCGAAGACCCUUGUCAUCAAUGGCAAGAAGGCACAAAUAAAGACUGACAAGAAUGGCAUCUGGUCCACAAGCGUCAGCUACACUGCGCCCAAGGUUGAGCUUCCAACUCUGAAGAACCUGAAGUGGAAGUACAUUGAUACUCUGCCUGAGAUUCAAAACUCCUACGACGACUCUGCCUGGGUCAAGGCCGAUCACUCAUACACAAACAACAGCGUCAACCCUCUCAAGACGCCCACUUCUUUGUACUCAUCUGACUACGGCUUCCACACCGGUUACCUUCUUUACCGUGGCUCUUUUAAGUCUACUGGAAAAGAGUCAUCCUUCUUUGUCCAUUUCCAGGGUGGUACCGCCUUCGGCGGCUCUGUCUGGGUCAACGAGACUUUCGUUGGCUCUUGGGCUGGCAACAGUAUUUCAGAAGACUACAACGCCACCUACACACUCCCAACCUUGAAAUCCGGAAAGAACUACGUACUCACAGUCGUAAUUGACAACAUGGGUCUAGACGAGGACUGGACCGUCGGCAGCGAGGAAAUGAAGGAUCCUCGCGGUAUCCUCAACUACACACUCUCCGGCCGGGAUGCCGAUGCCAUCACCUGGAAGUUGACAGGUAACCUAGGUGGCGAGGACUACAGCGAUCUUAUCCGUGGUCCUCUCAACGAGGGUGGCCUCUACGCCGAGCGUCAAGGUUUCCACCAGCCCUCCCCUCCAAGCCAGAGCUGGAAAUCCAGCAGCCCAUGGACUGGUCUCUCGGCGCCCGGCAUUCGAUUCUACAGUACCAGUUUUGAUCUGGAUCUCCCACAAGGUUAUGAUAUUCCUCUGUCCUUCAACUUCAAGAACUCGACUUCGCCGCCACCUGAGUACCGCGUGCAACUUUACGUCAAUGGCUACCAGUAUGGAAAAUAUGUCAACAACAUCGGUCCUCAGAUUGCCUACCCUGUUCCUGAGGGUAUUCUUAACUACCAUGGUACUAACUGGCUUGCUUUGAGCUUAUGGGCUCAGGGUGAUGAUGGUGCUAAGCUGGAUGACUUAGAACUCACGGGCGAGCACCCGAUCCUCACUGCUUUGAGCAGUAUCGAGUCUGUUGACCAGCCUAAAUGGACGAAGCGUGCUGGUGCUUAUUAG